CCGGCUAUUGACCCGAGAAUCAGCUGCUGGUGCUCUUCUGCCAGUGCCACAGAGAUUUAUUAAGCUAAAAAAGCCAUGGCUGAUGAACCCGCCCCGGAACCCGGAUCCUCAAGCUUCUCCUCCGCCAUCAACGGCGGCAAAACCCUGGAGGAAUGCCAAGACAUGAUUCAACGAAGCCUCCGGAUUCCAAUGGUGAAAUUUCUGUUGAAGCAUUUGGAGCAAGCCGGAUGUGGGAUUGGGGACAGGUUCAUCAAGGCCGUUCAUUGCGACAAGCAGAUUGCUGGCGGUUAUGCCCGCGGUGAAGGGAUACUGGUAUGUGGUAAUCACAUGAACAUUCAAGAUGAAGUCAACCAAGUGGUGAUACAUGAGCUAAUUCAUGCUUUUGACGAUUGUCGUGCUGCAAACUUGAACUGGGCUAAUUGUGCACAUCAUGCUUGUAGUGAGAUUCGUGCUGGCCAUCUAAGCGGUGAUUGCCACUAUAAACGGGAAUUGCUGAGGGGUUUUGUAAAGAUUCGAGGUCAUGAACAAGAUUGUGUGAGACGAAGAGUUAUGAAAUCAGUCAUUGCUAAUCCUUAUUGCUCGGAAGCAGCUGCAAAGGAUGCCAUGGAAGCUGUUUGGGAUGUUUGUUACAAUGAUACACAGCCCUUUGACAGAGCUCCAUAAGUUACGGUUAUAGGUACCAAACCAGCUGCCACUUCAAGUUUUUAUUAUUUGGCAUUGUGGGAGCCUCUGGCCCGUGAAGAGAAACAGUGCCAUUCCCUGAUUUUUUAUUAGUUGCAUAAGAUAUAUCUCGAUUGGAAGUUCAUUUUAUUCGAGGAAUUUCCUCAAAUUUUCUAUUUAAGAUGAAUACCUUUCAUUUGCAGAUGUCAUACCAAUUGUACACCAAUGACUACUGUUGUUUUUUGUGUUUACAUUCCAAAAUCAUAAGAUUUUCUGUCGUUUGUUUUACCUUCAA